AUGGCCUCGAAAUUACCCAGUCUUCCCCAGGCGACAAAAUGGCUGCUACGUCCCUCAACAACCCGGUCUUUAAAGCCUGCAUUCUCGUCAGCAGUGCCAACUUCUUGCCUACACCAACAAGGCCCGUCUCGCUCUGCAGUCGUCCACGAACAAGCACUCCCUCAAACUCAGACACAAGUGGAAAGUUCGCCAUUCUUCACACAGCCACAGACCCAAUCACUCUCCAAAAAAGCAGUAUCUCUCGACGAAACCGCCAAUCUCGACGCCGUCAUCUCCCAAUUGCCCCUCGUCCAAUCCCUCCGUCAAUCUCGAAAGACAUACAAGGAAUCACGACCCCAUCUCGCCAUUCCACCCGCAAUUCGCCAACACCAUUUCGUCGGCGGUAGUCUAGCAGGAACAGGAAAGCUUGCACUAGCUCCGUACAUGUGGACAUCGUCUAGAAAGUCGAAAACCGAGUCCGGGAGAACCACACACGUUAGCAGUGUCGUCUCAGUCUUCCAUAUCGGUCGUGAUCUCUGUGGACAUCCCGGCUUUGUUCACGGCGGUUUGCUUUCCGUUCUGUUCGACGAGGUCUUUGCUAGAUGUGUUUCGGCGGCGUUCCCGAGUGGAUUGGGUAUGACGGCUAAUUUGAAUGUUGAUUUUCGGAAACCUGCGCUGCCGGAUCGGUUUUAUGUGUUGCGUGCGGAGACUACUAAGGUUGAGGGGAGGAAGGCUUGGGUUGAGGGCAAGAUGACUUAUCUUCCCUUGCCGUUGGCUGCGCCGCUUGAUGCGAAGAGUCUUGUGUCUGAUGUUGAAUUGCUGAGUGAGGAUCAUGAAGGCGCUGUGAUGGUUUCGGAGGCGAGGGCUUUGUUUGUGGAGCCUAAAUUUGCUGAUUCCAUGGUGUCGGUCUAUAGAACCUGA